UAAGACCAAACACAUUUAACAAAGUCAUCACCAUAGUCGAGUUGGGAGAGAGAGAGAGAGAGAGAGAGAAAUGGUGGAUUGAAUUGAAAUUGGAUCAAAAGCAAAGUUGAAGCAGUAAUGUUAAAGAAGAUUCAUCAUGCUUCUUCGCCAUGAGGCAGAGGGACAACAAGACAAAAACAUAAAAUCUGCAAAUAUUACUAUUAUUAAAUCUUUUGCAUAUGGAUCAUCUUCCUCCAUACGUUGCUCGUUUCAUAGACCUAAUUAAUUAAUACCUUUUUAUCUUCUUAGAUCCCUUUUGUGGAUUCAAGAUUUCCCAAUUAUAACUGGGUAUCCUUUAAUUUUUUUCAUAAUUAAUCUUCGAGCCUCCAAUCAAUGGAGCCUCGUGUUGGUAAUAAGUUUCGUCUCGGAAGGAAAAUCGGAAGCGGUUCGUUUGGUGAGAUCUACCUCGGGACUAAUGUUCAGACCAAUGAAGAGGUUGCGAUUAAGCUGGAAAAUGUUAAGACAAAGCAUCCUCAACUACUAUAUGAAUCAAAGCUGUAUAAAAUACUACAAGGAGGAACUGGAAUCCCCAAUUUAAAAUGGUUUGGAGUUGAAGGAGAUUAUAAUGUCCUUGUGAUGGAUUUACUGGGACCCAGUCUUGAAGAUCUCUUCAAUUUCUGCAGUAGGAAGCUGUCCCUAAAGACUGUUCUUAUGCUUGCAGACCAGAUGAUAAAUCGGGUCGAAUUUGUUCAUGCCAAAUCUUUUCUUCAUCGAGAUAUAAAACCAGACAACUUCUUGAUGGGAUUAGGAAGACGUGCAAAUCAGGUCUAUAUCAUUGAUUUUGGGCUGGCUAAGAAGUUUAGGGACUCCACCACUCAUCAGCAUAUUCCAUAUAGAGAAAACAAAAAUUUGACAGGAACUGCCAGAUAUGCAAGCAUGAAUACUCACCUUGGCAUCGAACAAAGCCGAAGGGAUGAUUUGGAAUCACUGGGUUAUGUCCUAAUGUACUUCUUAAGAGGAAGUCUUCCUUGGCAGGGGCUGAAAGCAGGCACAAAGAAACAGAAGUAUGAGAGGAUCAGUGAGAAAAAAGUUUCAACAUCAAUAGAGACAUUGUGUCGUGGCUAUCCUACAGAGUUUGCAUCAUAUUUUCACUACUGUCGAUCACUGCGGUUUGAGGAUAAACCAGAUUAUGCUUAUCUCAAGAGAAUUUUCCGUGACCUUUUCAUUCGUGAAGGUUUUCAGUUUGAUUAUGUAUUUGACUGGACCAUUUUGAAAUAUCAGCAGUCACAGCUUGCCAAUCCUCCAUCUCGUGCUCUUGGUGGUACUGCUGGACCAAGUUCAGGGAUGCCUCAUGCUCUUGCUAAUGCUGAGAGGCAAUCAGGUGGUGAAGAAGGUCGGCGUACUGGUUGGUCUUCAGGAAAUCUUGCUCUUAAUAGGAACUCGGGGCUGCAAUUCAACUCUGGAAGCUUAGCUAAGCAAAAAGGGACAGUUGCCAAUGAUUUAUCCAUGGGUAAAGAGUUAUCUAGUUCAAGUUUUUUCCGGACUAGUGGAUCAACAAGGCGUCCAGCUGUCUCUAGCAGUCGUGAUCCAGUUAUCACCAGUGUUGAACCCGAUCCCUCUCACAUCAGUAAAACAGAUGCAAAUCCAGGACAUCUCCGUAAAACUUCCAGUGUUGCUCAGAGAAGUUCACCAAUCGUGUCAUCAGAUCAGAAGCGCAGCUCCUCCACUAGAAUGGAAAAGAACUUUGAGGCCGCCCUUAAAGGAAUAGAGGGCUUAAGUGUCAAAAAUGAUGAGAGGCUGCAUUACUAGCUUUGCUGCUUUAUCUCUGUUCUCUGGUUACUGUAAAAUCUUGGCAAAAGAAUUGCACCAACUUUGGGGAUUUCGCUACGAGUUGCCAUCAGGAAAGGCUAAAAUAGAAAUUAAUGUGAGAUCCCUCUGGUAAUCUUGGCUUAUGCUUCUUCUGUACAUUUGAAACUUUCUUUGUUUUUCUCAUCUCACUCUCUCUAUCCCCUUUAUAAGAGUUCUUAGUAUUUUUAAUGGUGUUAUGUUGUGCAUUAUGAAUGUAUUUUUGUAUGGUUGGAGACUAAAUAUUCACUUGAGACUUAUUGUAUUGGAAUUACACCCA